UGAGACCCGAAUUGUGGCUAUUGAUGAAAUCUGUGUUGGGCUUGAGUUUACAACAUUCCCCUCUCCCUAAUAAUUCCGUCUUCUCACUUGUCACUUCCUACCCUUUCACUCCAAACUCACAUUCUCUCAUACAACAAAUCACAACACGUCUCUCCAUUGCAAACCACAACCCUCUCUUCAUCCAUGGCCACCACCUCCGACAGUACAUCCGACGAAGAACAUUAUUUACAACAACAAGAAGAUGAAGAUGAAGAAGAUCAUUCCCACGACGCCGCCUUCUGCCGGAGCCUAUACGGAGUUGGCUCGGUUCUUGACCCCACAGCCAAAUGGGUCCGAGAAUGGAACCGGGUUUUCCUCCUUGUCUGCGCAGCGGGGCUGUUCGUCGACCCUUUGUUUCUCUACACGCUAUCGAUAAGCGAGCCCUGGAUGUGCGUCUUUGUCGACGGGUGGUUGGCCAUCACCGUCACCGUCCUCCGCUGCAUGGCCGACGCUUUGCACCUUUGGAAUAUCUGGCUUCAGCUCAAGACUGCUACAAAGUCCUCCUUCGCCCCUGGCAGCGAUGCCAUGGCGGAGAAUAGAGGCUUCAGAGAUGCCACCCCACGCGCCGUCGCUCUCCGGUAUUUCAAGUCCAAGAAAGGCUUCUUCUUUGAUCUCUUUGUUAUUCUUCCUCUUCCUCAGGUAUUUUAAAUUCUCUCUUCUUAUACUCACUUGCAUAAGGGAUCAGUGACAUUGGUGAUGACAGUAUUAUUAAUAGUAUUUUUUGUUCAUAUAUUUCCUAAACUCUACCAUUCGGUUUGCCUUGUGCGGUGCGCCUCCAAUAACUUGUUUCUUGGCUACAUCUUUGGCACUGUUUGGUGGGCAUUGCGUCUCAAUCUCAUUGCUUACUUUGUUGCUGCCCAUGCUGCAGGAGCAUGUGUAUCUAUUGGGGUACAAAGAGCAGCAAAAUGCCUGAAAGAGCAAUGCAGAGCAAAGCAACAGCUUGUGGUGUGAGUAUUGUUGUCAUGCCAAGAUCCAAUCUUCUAUGGACAAAAUAAUAUGGGAAUGGGGAGAGAAGGGAGAUUUGAUUGGGCAAACAACAGGCAACCAAGAUUCAUGUGUUUGGAAACUGCUGAUAACUUUGUGUGAGCUUAUAAAUGGACUGUUCAGCUUGUUGUUAAUCAAAGCCGCUUGAGAAAUCCUUUUCCCCAUCUUUGGGGCCUCAUGACUCUUAGCUACUUUGGGAACUUGGAAAGCACCACUGAAUGGCUCGAAGUAGUGUUCAAUAUUCAUUGUCUCACCAGUGGACUCCUAAGGUCACCAUGUUUGAUUGGAAAUAUUAAGGUGUUUCUACAUGCAACAACAUCAAAGAAACAAGGAAUGCAGCUGAAGAUGAGGAACCUAGAGUGGUGGAUGAGGAAGCGACGGCUGCCACAAGGGUUCCGACAGCGUGUUCGGAACUACGAGCGGCAGCGGUGGGCUGCGAUGCGGGGUGUGGACGAGUGCGAGAUGAUAAAAAACCUACCGGAAGGGCUGCGGCGAGAUAUAAAGUAUCACCUUUGCUUGGAUCUGGUUAGGCAGGUGCCUUUGUUUCAACAUAUGGAUGAUCUUGUUCUUGAGAACAUUUGUGAUCGUGUCAAGUCCCUCAUCUUCACCAAGGGCGAAACUAUAACUCGAGAAGGAGAUCCAGUACAAAGAAUGCUAUUCGUAGUGCGAGGACAUCUCCAAAGCAGCCAAGUCUUACGGGACGGCGUAAAAAGCUGCUGCAUGUUAGGCCCAGGCAACUUCAGCGGUGACGAGCUUCUAUCAUGGUGUCUCCGCCGCCCCUUCAUAGAGCGCCUCCCGCCCUCCUCCUGCACUCUCGUGACACUCGAGACGACGGAGGCAUUCGGGUUGGAGGCGGAGGACGUCAAGUACGUAACGCAGCACUUCCGCUACACCUUCGUCAAUGACAAGGUCAAGCGCAGCGCCCGCUACUACUCCCCUGGCUGGCGCACAUGGGCCGCCGUCGCUAUUCAGCUCGCCUGGCGCCGAUACCGCCACCGUCUCACCCUCACGUCCUUGUCGUUUAUUCGGCCACGCCGCCCGCUCUCACGGUGCUCUUCCUUGGGGGAGGAUCGCCUUCGCCUCUAUACGGCCUUGCUUACUUCUCCUAAGCCCAAUCAAGACCAUUUUGAUUUUUGAACCAUUCCCUGUUUUGCAUUUUCUUGACUUUGGAUUGGAUUUUCUUUUAUUUUCUUUUUCUUUGGGUUUCGUUUGUACAGAUUGGGAUGAAUAUUGUGAGACAAUUCUUCAAAUUUCUUUAUUAUAGUUAUAUAUACAUUCAAAUUCUAAUGAAAAAUAGUUACAAACUAA